CUCUCUCUCUCUCUCUCUAUUUCCGCUGAUCACAGAAGAGAGCUAUGACAGUCAGGAAUAACAGGGAGUCUCCGGCCGAGAGGGAUGACGAUCGUGAGACCAGUUGUUAUUGGGAGGAGGAGGAGGAUUUGGGGCGGCGGCUGAGGAGGAAAGGGUACGUGCAUAGCCAGGUGCUGCGGAUUCGGGAGGAGGAUUCGCAUGUGGGCCAGGAUCUCCUUGACGACGUUUUGAAAGCCGGCGCCGGGGUUGAUCAUAAUAAUAACUAUGGCUUGAUGAUCAAGAAUAUGGUGGCUGCUGCGGCUUCGUCGUCGCCGGUGAUCAUGAAUGAUCGAGUAGUGGUGUUGUUGACGAGACCGCUGUUGCCUUCCUCCCCUCUUAGCCGUAAAACCACCGUCAAUUAUAAUCACAGCCGGGGAUGAAGAACUGAGAGAGAUCGAUUGGCCGACGGCGGGACUUAAUUGGGGGCGUGCCACGUGGGCAGGAUGGAUCGAGAGAUUAGAAUUUGCUAGCUUGCGAUUCUGGAUAUUUUGGAAUGGAUGCUUGGCUACUUAUUGGUGAAACUUGAUAAUCUGGAAUUUUUGUGCUUUGUUUGUUGUGGGUAAUGAUUGGUUUGGAUUGUUGGCAAUUGUAGCACUGAAUAUCUGUGUAUGUUAG